UGCUUUCGGUGUCGGGGCACCAUCCCUUUCUCGGUGUAUCGGGCGUCCCUGCACGAUAAUCGGAGGCUUGCGGAUUCUCAACUCCCUGACCCUCGACGGUGACUGGGGGCCGAAGAAGCCGACUCGCCUUUGCGAAUCCUCCACCUCCUCCUCCUUUUCCUCUCCCUUUCUCGAUUUGAUUCAUAAUCUCUCUCCUUCUGCUCCUCUUCUUCGAAUUCCUCGUUCGAGUUCGUGGGGUUCUCCAAUCAAGUGGGAGCGGACCAGCGGGAGCGAAUCUUGCCGACUGAGGGUCUAUCGGAUUGAUUGGUUUGUUUUGAUGGGAGGAAAGGUCUUGGAAUUCUAGUUUCUAGGGGUUUUUCAUGGCGCCCGCAGCAUUAAAAUUCUAGGUCUCGCUUUCUUUAUUUUUUUUAAUCCCUUUCUGUUGUGUUUUUGGGCAUCUUGAAAUCGGAAAUCGACUGUUUUGGGGUUAUCCUGAGGAAUUGUCAGAUCGGCUUCUUAUCAAGUAGUUGUCUUUUGGAUCGCUGGAUCUGCAAACAAUUGGAAAUAGGGAAAAAAGCUGCUCCUUUUAUUGGAUUUGCAAAUUCCAUUGGUUGAGAGUGGCAAUGUUCCUAUGAUUUAUUGAAGAUUUGGAUGAUAGUCGGAGGCUAUGAGAGUUUAGGGCAGAAGACAGGCAGCUGAUGCGAUGAAGAUAACAGAGCAAUUCUCCUCGGGUCUCCUAUCUUACUCGCCACCCACAUGGGCCACACUGAUUGCUGGUCUCUUUGUAGUCAUCUCACUGACGCUCUCCAUGUUUCUACUAUUCAAUCACCUUUCAGCAUAUAAGAAUCCUGAGGAGCAGAAGUUUCUGAUUGGUGUCAUCUUAAUGGUCCCUUGCUAUGCUAUCGAGUCGUAUGUAUCGUUGGUGAAUCCAUCAAUUAGUGUUGAUUGUGAGAUUCUGCGUGAUUGUUAUGAGGCCUUUGCCAUGUAUUGCUUUGGAAGAUAUCUAGUUGCUUGCCUGGGUGGAGAAGAGAGAACGAUUGAGUUUUUGGAGAAGCAGGGUGGUUCAUGUUCUUCUGAACCCCUAUUGCAUAAUGUUUCUGAAAAGGGAGUUAUAAAGCAUCCUUUUCCUAUGAAUUAUAUUCUAAGUCCAUGGAAACUCGGCCAAUGGUUUUAUCAGCUUAUUAAGAUUGGAAUUGUUCAAUAUAUGAUAAUAAAGACUGUCACUGCCAUUUUAGCAGUGGUUCUUGAAGCUUUCAACGUAUAUUGUGAAGGAGAGUUCAAACUGAAUUGCGGGUACCCUUACAUGGCUGUGGUUCUUAAUUUCAGCCAAUCAUGGGCAUUGUAUUGUUUAGUUCAAUUCUAUGCUGCGACAAAGGAUGAACUGGCUCAUAUAAAACCAUUGGCCAAAUUUCUGGUAUUCAAGUCAAUUGUCUUUUUGACUUGGUGGCAAGGUGUUGCAAUUGCACUACUUUAUACGUGGGGUUUGCUCAAAAGCCCUAUAGCUCAAGCCUUACAAUUUAAGUCAAGUAUUCAGGACUUCAUUAUUUGUAUAGAGAUGGGCAUUGCUUCUAUUGUUCACAUCUACGUGUUCCCUGCCAAGCCAUAUGAACUAAUGGGUGAUCGCUUUCUGGGAAGCAUCUCAGUUCUUGGAGACUAUGCAUCUGUGGACUGUCCUUUGGACCCUGAUGAGGUUAGGGACAGUGAACGGCCUACAAAGCUUAGACUUCCUCAGCCUGAUGUUGAUAUCAAAAGUGGAACGGCUAUUAGAGAAAGCAUGCGUGAUGUUGUCCUUGGAGGAGGCGAAUAUAUUGUAAAUGAUUUGAAGUUCACAGUCACCCACGCAGUGGAGCCCAUGGAGAAGGGUCUAACAAAAUUCAAUGAGAAGCUUCAUAAGAUCUCUCAAAACAUCAAAAAGCAUGAAAAGGAGAGAAAGAGAGUUAAAGAUGAUAGUUGCAUCAGUUCAUCAUCACCAAUAAGGAGAGUAAUUCGUGGAAUAGAUGACCCGCUGUUGAAUGGAAGCGUUAGUGAUAGCGGGCGCACCAGAGGAAGGAGACAUCAUAGGAAAUCGGGUUACACCAGUGCAGAAAGUGGGGGAGAGAGUAGUGAUCAAGGUCAUGGCAGGUAUCAAAUUGGUGGGCGCAGGUGGGUUACAAAGGAAUGAGGGUAGCUAUAGGAGUCAAUCUAGUCCUUUGCAUAGGCAAGGUGCUUGGGGGUCUAAGCACAGCGGAUCAGCUUCAGCGGUUGCAGAGUUAUUCUGAUUCUCCAUCAUGAGCCUGCAAGCGAAGGUUCUUGCUCUUUGCAUUGAACCAAUCAAUCUCAGGCAAAUUUGGAUAUGCCUGGCAGCAAGUUUUGCGUGUACACCUAAACUGGUCAGAACUCCCAUGGUGGAGCAAAAAGGAAACGGUCAUAGCUCCAUAGGUUCUCUGUUUGCUGAAUUCAUUCAGAGACAUCAAUAUCUUUGGGAACGUCAUAUUGAUAGAAAAAAUCCUCAUGUAACGAUGAGGCACGGCAAAGCUUGUUUAUCCCAGUGGCAUAUGUUGUAAGGGUAACAGAUGUUGUAAAGCUUCAAAUUCUAACAGCGGUUAGACAUUGGACACCUACAGUUAAUUUGUGUUGUUCUAAUGAAAUCCACCAAGUUUGCUUGAAAA